AUGAUUCGCUUCAUAUUAAUGGUCAACAAGCAAGGUCAGACAAGAUUAUCACAGUACUACGAGUUGCUGGAGGUCUCGGAACGUGCCGCUUUGGAGGGAGAGUUGAUCCGAAAGUGCCUAUCUCGCUCGGAGAACCAAUGCUCCUUCAUACAGUAUCGCCAGUAUAAGGUUGUCUACAGACGGUAUGCGAGUCUGUACUUCAUUGUUGGGCUGCUAGAUGAGCCAGAGGUAAACGAACUCGCAAUCCUGGAACUCAUUCAUUGUCUUGUCGAAACGCUUGACAGAUUCUUCGAGAACGUAUGCGAAUUGGACAUCAUGUUCCACUUGGAAAAGGCCCACUUCAUCAUUGGUGAAAUGGUAAUGGAUGGCUGCAUCGUGGAGACAAACAAGGCAAAUAUCAUGGCUCCGAUCCACAUGCUGGAAAAAGCGACCUGA